AUGCUUCGGUACAGUGUUAUUAUUUUAAUAAUCUGCUGGCUUAAUGUUAUAAAUUCUCGACUGUGGAUUGAAGGCGAUAUUCGACUUAUUGGAGGUCCAAGAAGAUAUAUGGGUACAGUGGUGAUACUUCACAAUGGACGAUGGGGAGCAGUUUGUGAUGAUAGCUGGGACAUCACAGAUGCUUCAGUGGUUUGCAGACAACUUGGAUAUACAUUGGCUGUUCGAGCAACAAACCAGUCCGAAUUUGGACCUGGAAGAAAAAAACUGUGGCUGUCAGAAGUAGGAUGCAACGGAACUGAAAAAAGACUAGAUGAAUGUCCACUUCAGUUUUAUGAUGAAAAUAUACAUAACCAGUGCUCAGGUAAGUAUCGGUCUGCUGGAGCCAUUUGCAGUGCAGCUAUACAAAAAAUGACAUCUAAGAUCAAAUCUUCUGGAACGGAAAAAACAACAGAAAAUACAGUGAAGACAAAAACUGAUGAACGGACUAAAAAUAUAAUAUCGGUGACUAAGCUAGAAGCUAUGUAUAAUUGGAGUGAAACUGAAAUUCCAGAGAGUAUGAAGAUAAGGACAACGCCAAUAUCAACAUUUGACGAUACUGCACCUGUAACUAGCUCGCUGACUGUGAAAACAAGAGAUUUUAAACAAGAAAAAUCUUCAGCUGCAAAAAACGUUUUGACAUUAGCGACAUUUAAAACUUCAGAACUUCUGACCCCAUACGAUACUUCAGUUACGUCUACAACUCCCAAGAGUUUGAACGUGACAGAAACAUACGUGUACAUUGAAAACUAUCAUAAUUCGCCUCCAGAUGAGAAUAAGACAUAUCAGUUCAUAAACAAUAGGACAGCUGAUUACAAUUCUUCACGUUUAUUGCAUCAAGAAAUGAAAGUAGCAAUGCCAUUGAAAUGCAGUAUGGUCAAUCAGGACACAGAAGGAUGUGAGGAUUAUCUUGAGGAUGAUCCCAACGUUCAGAAUUUUGAAAUACGGUUGAAAGGCGGCCGCUACAAAUGGGAAGGUCAUUUGCAAAUUCGAAUUAAUAAGGGUUCGUGGGGAACAGUUUGCAGUGACCACUGGACAUUGACAGAGGCGAUGGUCGCGUGCAAUCAGCUUAGAGACAUCGGGCAGGCCAAACAGACACUGCAGACUAGUUAUUUUGGUGGAAUAGACGUCCCCAAGAAUGUCUACAAAAUUCAGUGUGUUGGUCGAGAAUUAACUUUUGAUUCCUGCAAUGUAACCUGGUCUGACAAGGAUCACAGUUGUUCGAAGAAUACAGCAGUUGCUGGGGUUGUUUGUUCACAACACUUACCAGACUUGGUUCCAAAUCUCCGAGCUGUGGAGGAAUCAGUUCGUCUUCAAGAUCAACCACUAUAUUAUCUUCGAUGCGCUAUGGAAGAGAACUGUCUGGCAAGUUCAGCUUAUACAAUAAGAAAUACAAGCCUCACCUGGAGAAAUACUAUGAGGCGACUCUUGCGCUUUUCCACCGUUGUUCAUAACAGAGGUAUGGCAGAUUUUAGACCAUACAGGCCUAGAGGACAGUGGGAAUGGCACGCCUGUCAUAUGCAUUACCACAGCAUGGAAAUUUUUGCUCAUUAUGAUAUUUUAAAUUCUAAUGGAACUCGAUUAGCAGAGGGAAGCAAAGCUAGCUUCUGUCUAGAAGAUACAACGUGUGAUAAAGGCGUCCAUCCAAACUAUAACUGUCGUGGCUUUGCAGAUCAAGGUCUGUCUGUGAAUUGCUCAGACAAUUACAUGUAUGACAUUGAUUGCCAGUGGAUUGAUAUCUCUGAACUUAAACCAGGAGACUAUACAUUUUUGAUGGAAGUGAAUCCUACCAUGUUAGUAGCUGAAAGCAACUUUGACAACAAUAUUGUUAGUUGUCGUUUAUACUACAGUGGCUACUUUGCAAGCGUCAGGGACUGUCAUUAUGAGAGUUUACUGGAUUAUACACACAGAGACAGACAGAAUAAAGGAAAUAAUGACAGUGCAGUUCUGACGAGCUGA